AUGGUAGAAGGUGGCAACGAUAGGUGCGAAGACUCUGGUAUGAAGCAGUACAACGGUAUGUGUCGCUGUUCUCUUGUUGUUGUUGCUCUGAGAUCGAAGACGAAUGCUAAUCCAGGGAGGUGGUUCUUUCUGUGUCCACUAUGGAAGAAUAAAAAUCAGGAUUGUAAAUAUUUUCAAUGGAUUGAUGAAUUGGAAGAGCAAGACAUGGUUGAAGAGGAGGAAUGUUCUUGGAACAACAAACUCAUGCUAUCUUCAGGUGAAAAACUCAAACAGAAGAGCACUAGGAAGCUGUCCAAAUCAAUGCAGUAUGAAGACAUUGACCCCGUGGUGCUACCUGUUCUUAGAAAAGAAUUGAAGGAGAAAUUGAGGAGGAUUGAAAUUCUUCUAAUCAUGAUGUGCAUUGGGAUUGCAAUUGGUGUCUUCAUCAAUUUCUUUGCUCUGUUUAAGAACUGA